GGAGGGGCAGGGCGCGCGGGCGGUGCCUCAGCCGGGUUGGCGCUGAGGGGAGAGGGCGGGGAAAGGCGGUGAACCGAUAGGGAUCGGGGAGGGGCGGGAAGGUGGCGGCCAGAGGAUGGCGGACCAGAUCCCUCUGUACCCGGUGCGCAGCGCGGCGGCCGUGGCCGCGGCCAACCGUAAACGCGCGGCCUACUUCAGCUCAGCGGGGCCCGGGCCGGGGGCCGACAGGCCCAGCAGGUACCAGCUGGAGGAUGAGUCUGCCCACUUGGAUGAAAUGCCACUGAUGAUGUCUGAAGAGGGCUUUGAGAACGACGAAAGUGAUUACCACACUUUACCACGAGCUAGGACCACGCGAAGAAAGAGAGGCCUGGAGUGGUUUGUCUGCGGGGGAUGGAAGUUCCUCUGUACCAGUUGCUGUGACUGGCUGAUUAAUAUUUGUCAAAGAAAGAGAGAAUUGAAAGCUCGUACAGUGUGGCUUGGAUGUCCGGAAAAGUGUGAAGAAAAACAUCCCAGAAAUUCUAUAAAGAAUCAGAAAUAUAAUAUAUUUACCUUUAUACCUGGGGUUUUAUAUGAACAAUUCAAGUUUUUCCUGAAUCUCUAUUUUCUGAUAGUAUCCUGCUCACAGUUUGUACCAGCACUGAAAAUAGGGUAUCUCUACACCUACUGGGCUCCUCUGGGGUUUGUCUUGGCUGUUACUAUCAUGAGAGAAGCAGUUGAUGAAUUUCGGCGUUUCCAGCGAGACAAAGAAGUGAACUCACAACUGUACAGCAAGCUUACAGUAAGAGGUAAAGUGCAAGUUAAGAGUUCAGACAUACAAGUUGGAGACCUCAUCAUAGUGGAAAAGAAUCAAAGAAUUCCAUCGGACAUGGUAUUUCUUAGGACGUCAGAAAAAGCAGGUUCGUGUUUUAUUCGAACUGAUCAACUCGAUGGUGAAACUGACUGGAAGCUGAAAGUGGCGGUGAGCUGCACACAGAGGCUGCCCGCUCUGGGGGACCUUUUUUCUAUCAACGCUUAUGUUUAUGCUCAGAAGCCACAACUGGAUAUUCAUAGUUUUGAAGGCACAUUUACGAGGGAAGACAGUGAUCCACCUGUUCAUGAAAGUCUCAGCAUAGAAAAUACAUUGUGGGCAAGCACUGUGGUUGCAUCAGGUACUGUAAUAGGUGUGGUCAUCUAUACUGGAAAAGAGACUAGAAGUGUCAUGAACACAUCAAAUCCAAAAAACAAG